AUGCCCAAAGUGUGGCCAGUGUCUACGUUACCACUAAUUGGUGUCGCAGCUACUUCUGCUGCCUCUUCAACCUGUGACAGCCCCAUCCAGAGCCGCUGUAACUUUGUAUGUGACUGCUGGGAUUGCUCCGAUGAGCGGUACUGUGGUUACCACCGAGCCUCGCCGGCUUGGGGGGUGCCCUUCAGCUGUGACUUUGAGCAUGACGACUGCGGCUGGAAAGACAUCAGUACAUCCAACUUCCGAUGGGUGAGAGACCGCCGGAGUUCUUCCAUGUGGCAGUCCCAACCCCACUCCGAUCACACCCUGAAGAACAAAUGGGGUUGGCUGAUGGCAGCAGAAGGUGAAAGCUGGAAAUCUGCCGUAUCUGCGCGUCUCCAGUCUCCGGUACUGAGGAAUGCAGCCGCUACCUGCGAGAUCCACAUCCAUUACCGCAUGUUUACUGCAAACUCUCCUUAUGUGAAUGGGAGCCUCUCCGUGCAGCUGACAGACAGCACCCAGACAUACAACCUGUGGGAAAGCAACCGGCGCAGUGUGUUGUCAUGGAGACGAGCGGUCAUGUUCAUCGGCAGGAUCACCGGGGAAUUCCAGGUUACAGUGACGGCAUCACAUGACGCUCUCAGCUUGGGAAACAUUGCUUUGGAUGACUUGGAGUUCCGCCACUGUGCUCUUUCAGGUCCACAGGCAGAGUGUGCAGCCGGACAGUUCCACUGUGAUUCUGGCAGCUGCGUGGAUGACGGUGUCCGCUGUGAUGGGACUGAUGAUUGUGGUGAUAAGUCUGAUGAGAGCAGUUGUGAGGGAUUCCAGACCUGCAGCUUUACACAGGACUCUUGUUUCUGGAAUACAUCUACAUGGGAAAGGGUUAAUGGAUCUGACUCCAAGCCUGACAGAGAUCACACGACAAACAGCCAAUCAGGUUAUUUUUUGCGAGCUUUACAGAAAACUACAAGCAGCCUAAUCAGCCCCCAGCUGCAGGAAAACGACACCCAGCCGUGCUAUGUCGUGUUCUAUUACCUCCUGGAUGGCUCCAGCUCUGGCUCACUGGUCGUCAAGUUCCGAACCCCUCUAAAUAAUAAUGGAGACCAAAUACUAUUAGAAAGAAAAGGACAGAGGGGCUCCGUGUGGCUCAGAGAGAAGGUCCAUUUCCCUCAUUCCAAUGACUUCCAUAUCAUCAUUGAGGGAAACAUUGGAGAAGAGCAGACAACUGUUGCUCUUGACGAUAUUACUCUGUCUCCUGGAUGUAUAUUGCAGGAGGGAAAUAAUGAGAGCAUCAGUUCGAAUAUAUCAGCAUCCACUCCUGAGGGGACGAUCAGCGGUGUGAGAGAAGUGUGCACCAAUGUACCAGAAAAAUUUGAUUUUGAGAAGGAUGGCCAAGGAUGGACUGAUGUCAGCAUUGGGGGGAUAAGAUGGGGGCCUGACCAGGAAGGCAUGAAGGGCUUCUACCUGGUCGUGCUGAAAGCAGAAGGGAAUUUGAAGACUUUUGCAGAGAUUCAGAGCCCCUUGCUGUGCCCUACAGGACCUGCGUGUGCUCUGAACCUGACCUAUUACCUUCACAGUGGCCCUGCAGGCUUCCUCAGUCUGCGCGUGUGGGACCCAGAACUGGAGGCGCAUGCACACAUCUGGAACAGCCAGGGAGAGAGGAGCACGAGCUGGCAGUCCGUCAUCAUCCCUCUGGGACAGAGACUGCAACCGUUCCAGUUAGUGCUGGAUGGGGCUGUGGAUCCCCAACCUAGAGAAGGAAAAUGGAGUGCUGUAGUGGAUGAAAUACAGUUUCUACGCUGCGGAAAUGAACUGGUCACUGAAUCAGAGUCUGUGACUUGUAAUUUUGAGACUGGACUUUGCGGCUGGUACCAAGAUCUGAUGGAGGAGAUAGACUGGGAGAUUGGAACAUUAUCUGACCACACGACCGGACAAGGUCGUUACAUGUAUGUGGACGGUGAGUCUCGUAUGGAUCAUGGUACAAGAGCACGCCUGAUAUCCUAUGCACAGAACGCCUCCCCACAGGACCGGUGCCUGUCGUUUUACCAUCGAAUGUUUGGCCCCGAUACAGGUACUUUGAACCUGUUCAGUAAAUAUGAAGGGGAAGAGGAGAAGCUGAUUUGGGCAAGCGUUGGUACUCAUGGGAAUCGUUGGCACCACGAAUCUGUAACUCUGACCAACAAGAAAUAUCAGCUGGUGUUUGAGGCAGUGCGCGACGGCUCUGUGGGGCACAUUGCUAUUGAUGAUGUCACCGUCACCCCCGGACCCUGUGCCGCUCCCAGGCGUUGCUCUUUUGAGGCUGGAACCUGUGGCUUCACCUCCGAGGGAAAGUACAAAUGGACCUUACAUCAGAACCUUCACUUCAACCGCCAGGAGGGCCCUUCUCACGAUCACACAUUGCAGAGCGUCACAGGACACUCCAUGAUGAUAGAUACCAGCGCCACCUACCUGCCACAGAAGACGUCUGCUCUUCUGGCAUCAAGUGGGUACACUGCCCAGCCAGACGAGGGGUGCAUGAACUUCUGGUACCAGAUGGGGGGUGCUGACCCUGGAACGCUGAUCGUCUACAUUGAGGAGGACAAUGGGAAGAAGAAAGUAAAGAGGGAACUCUUGAGGACCAGUAGCACACAGCGAGAGAGCUGGUACCACGGGAAGGCGUCGCUCCAGUCUGAGAAGCAAUGGGCGCUUGUGUUUGAAGCGGUGGGCGCCGGCGGAGACCACUCCUAUAUCGCUGUGGAUGAUAUUCACAUCAACCAUCACCGCUGUCAUGAAGCAGUGUCCUGUGACUUUGAAUGGGGGUCAUGCGCAUGGAGCAAUAUUCGGAUCCCCCUUAUGGACACCUAUGACUGGGACUGGACAAACGGAGACGCUCUAAACAGACCGAGAUUAGCCCCGGAAAAGGAUCACAGCGUUGGUAGCUCAGAAGGACAUUACGCCUUUGUGGACACUGGCACUCUGCACACUGAAGGAACUUCUGCCUGGCUCAUCAGUGAGCACCUACCAGAGACCGCCGGAUCCUGCUUCAGCUUCUGGUACCGGACGGACUCCCCGGAUCAUUUCCACCUGGGGGAGCUGGUGCUAUAUGUGACCGGGGCUCAAGGGCUGAUGCUGGUGUGGGCGUUGCACGGUUUCCAUAGCAAUGAUUGGCAGGAACAUCAGAUACAGCUCAACAGCACCGCAGAGUUCCAGAUCGUAUUUGAGGCAUCAAAGGGUUCCCGGCCGCACUCGGCCAUUGUCUCGCUGGAUGAUGUGAAGUACACCCCUGACGCGCUAUGUAAUGCGGAACAGGAGAAGACGGCAGGUAAAAAUAAUUCAGGAACCAUCUGGGCGAUAGUCAUCGGUGUGAUCAUCGCAUUGCUGGUCAUAGUAUUGGGAUAUCUUCUGUACCGGAGACGCAAGAGGAACCUGGAGAGCGCUCCACCACUGCCGGGGCGAUCCGAGGGAAUAGAGGGUUUUGAUAAUGUGGUGUUUGAAGAGAAUGAAGACGAUGUGUCCAUCACCUCUGGCAGAUGACUACAGAGUAACUAGGUCGGCUGCCAAGAUCGUAAAAUUCCAGGGAUCUACUGCCUGACAAGGGGACAAGGAUUCUGCCACUCACUGCCAGAACGGUUCUUAGACACCCACCCAUAACACCCCAUCCUGGUUGUACAGUCCCCAAAUCCUUCAGAAAUAAAAUAUACCCACAUGAA